AAUCAUAUGGUUAUGUUUGCUGCUCAAAAAUCUAAAUUAUUUAAAUAUAUUGAAAAUGAAGCUUUUUCCCCAGUUAAGAAAAUAUGCAACUUCAAAUGCACGAAGAAGAGUCGUGGUUACCGGUCUCGGCGUAGUUAGUCCACUAGGUUGUGGAACGAAAUUAGCAUGGAAUAACCUUUUAAAAGGUCACUGUGGGGUAGUAGCUCUACAAGGGGAGGAAUACUCUAAAUUACCCUGUAAAGUUGCCGGUCUAAUACCGACGCAAGAAGGUAAUGAUGUUACAAAGGCACUAUCUAAAUCCAAUUUAAGAUCUAUGGCCCCGGCUACUUGUUUAGCUCUUUUAGCUACAUCAGAAGCAUUAAAAGAUGCUAAAUGGAUACCAGAGUCUGAUGAAGACAAGGAGAAUACCGGUGUUGCCUUGGGGAUGGGAAUGAUAGACUUGAAAGACGUUUGCGAUACAAAUGAUGCUUUAAAAUUAGGUUACAAUAAAGUUAGCCCAUUUUUUGUACCAAGAAUAUUACCUAAUAUGGCAGCAGGCCACAUAAGUAUAAAGUAUGGGCUCAGAGGCCCGAACCAUGCUGUUUCAACAGCUUGUGCAACGGGUGCUCAUUCAGUAGGAGAUGCUUUUCGGUUUAUUAGGAAUGGAGAUGCUGAUGUAAUGGUGUGUGGAGGAGCAGAGUCCUGUAUUAGUCCUCUAGCUAUCGCUGGCUUCUGCAGAUUACGAGCUCUCAGUACUGCCUUCAAUGAUAUGCCAGAGCAAGCCUCAAGACCAUUUGACAAAAAGAGAGAUGGAUUUGUAAUGGGUGAAGGUGCUGCUGUAUUAAUCUUAGAAGAGUAUGAACAUGCUGUUAAGCGAAAUGCUAAAAUGUAUGCAGAAAUAUUAGGCUAUGGCUUAUCAGGAGACGCUUCCCAUAUAACAACCCCUAGAGAGGAUGGGACUGGAGCUGUGUUAUCUAUGAGUAGAGCUCUGCGAGACAGCAACAUUGACAAAGAACAGAUAACUUACAUCAAUGCUCAUGCCACAUCCACUCCUGUUGGUGAUGGAAUUGAAUCUACAGCAAUCAAAGCUCUAUUCCAGAAGCACAGCACUAAUAUCUCUGUAUCAUCAACUAAGGGUGCUCACGGUCACUUGCUGGGGGCAGCAGGCAAUCUGGAAGCCGUUUUUACUGUGCUCACUUGCCACCAUGGAAUAUUACCUCCAACCUUGAACUUGGACGAUGCUGUUGAUGACUUAAAUUAUGUAUCCAAGGUAUCUAAACCUUGGCAUGCAGAAAAGAGAAUAGCCCUAAAAAAUUCCUUUGGCUUUGGAGGCACCAAUGCCACGCUCUGUAUAGCUCAGUUAUGAUAAGUUCCUCUAAUGAUAAGCAAAAAUAUAUCAGGCAUUUAACACACACA